GACACCGACGGCUGGAUGACGCGAUGACUGGGAACGUCCGCGCCGCUCACUCGCAUCUGGGAGCAUCGUAGAACCGGAUCAGGCAUCGGCGAGGAGGGAUGGAGAGGACUCUGUCAAUAUAUUCGUCCUACUGACUGGAAUUAAUCUCCAGGACUUAGGUUGUCCUGCUGAACUGACGGGAGUCUGCAUCUUCACCCGACCAAAGACAAGUAUGCCUAUCUUGGAGAAACAAUUGUCCCAAGGCCGCAAGGACAGCGCUGCCUUACCCAAGGUUCCGGUCCCUUCUCUGCACCAGACGCUGAAAAUGUACUUGCGGUGUAUGAGGCACCUGGUGCCGGAUCAGAAGUUCCGGGACACACAAGCCAUCGUGGAGGAGUUCGGAAAAGCUGGAGGCAUUGGCGAGAUACUCCAGAGAAAACUGCAAGAGCGCAGGGAUAGAACCGAAAACUGGGUGUACAACUAUUGGCUCCAUGAUAUGUACUUGAACAACCGAUUAGCACUGCCAGUAAACUCCAGUCCCGUCAUGGUCCUCCCAAAACAGUUCUUUACAGACAGAAAGGACUCGCUCAGAUUCGCUGCUCGUCUUGUUGCAGGAGUUCUGGAGUAUAAGGCGAUGCUCGACACAGGGGCUCUGCCUGCGGAGAAGGCCCGCGGCCAGCUGAGCCCCGGCGUGCAGUGGGACUCACUCUGCAUGGAGCAGUACUCCCGCGUCUUCAGCUGCUACCGCCGACCCGGCCUGAAACAGGACACGCAGCUUAACUACCGGACCAGCGCCGGAGCCCAGCCGGAAUAUGUCAUAGUGGCCUGCAAGAACCAGUUCUUCGUCUUGGACGUGGCGGUGAAGUCCCGUAAGCUGGGCGAGGCGGAGCUGCUGGUGCAAAUGGAGCGCAUCUCCAAGAUGGCGGAGAACGCGGAGGAGAGGCUCCCCGCCAUGGGCCUCCUCACGUCCGACGGCCGCACCGACUGGGCUCAGGCCAGGGACAUCCUUGUGAAAGACGCCACCAACCGAGAGACGCUGGACGUGAUUGAGCAGUGUGUGUGCGUGGUGUGCCUGGACGAGCCGUGCGGCGUGGAGCCGACAGACUCUAACCGCGCCGUCUUCAUGCUGCACGGCGGGGGCCACGACAAGAACGGGGCCAACCGCUGGUACGACAAACCAAUGCAGUUUGUUGUAGGAGCUGAUGGUGUGUGUGGCGUGGUGUGUGAGCACUCCCAAUUUGAGGGCAUUGUUCUGGUGCAGUGCACAGAGUACCUGGUGAAAUACAUAUCGGAAUGCCCCGGUAAGCCUGUCUUGGCCCCGGCGGGCGUCGUGGGCCUGCCCGUCCCACGUAGGCUCCAGUGGAAGUGCUCGCCACAGAUCCAGGGCCUGUUGGCCUCCUCAGCAGACAGACUGCAGAGAUUGGUGAGAAACCUGGACAUGGAUGUGCACACGUUUAAAUCUUAUGGGAAAGAGUUUAUCAAGAAACAGAGGAUGAGUCCGGACGCCUACAUACAAGUGGCUCUGCAGCUGGCCUUUUAUAAGUGUAAUGCACGGGCGGUGCCCACCUAUGAGAGUGCCUCCAUCCGCCGCUUCCACCAGGGCAGAGUGGACAACAUCCGCUCCGCCACGCCCGAGGCCCUGGCCUUCGUCAGGUCCAUGACGGACGAGCUGAACAUGCACACCGAUGCUGUGAGGAUGACUCGGUUGCGGGAUGCCAUCAAGGCUCAAACCGACUACACUGUUUUGGCAAUUACAGGGAAUGGCAUAGACAAUCAUUUGCUUGGCCUCCGAGAGAUCGCUCAGGAACUCGGCAUGGACAGGCUCGACCUCUUCGAGGAUGAGACCUACCCGCUGAGCAAUCAGUUCAUCCUCUCCACCAGUCAGGUGCCCACCACCAUGGACAUGUUCUGCUGCUAUGGUCCAGUGGUCCCCAACGGCUACGGCGCCUGCUACAACCCUCAGGCCGACCACAUCCUCUUCUGCGUGUCCAGCUUCCGCGAGAGCACGGAGACCAGCUCCGCCGUGUUCACCCGCGCCCUGGACCUCAGCCUGCUGGAGCUUGCCGACCUGUGCAGCAAAAAUGCCGCCAUCUCUGGGCCCCUCGGCACGUGCUCCUCUGCCACUGGAACCCCCACGGCAACACCCAUUAAAAGUAAAAUCAAGUAAAAGAAAAGAUAGGAAAGUCAACCAUAGCUACUGAGGCCUUCAAGUGACACACAGAGGAAGAUGAUCGUGUUUGUGCCCUUGAAAUAUAUGAUAUACAGUAUAUACUUACUACUGAAUCGUUCACUAUUCACGAUCAUGUACAAUAUGCUACAAUAGUCUUUUAUUGCAUAUGCCAUAUUUUAUGAAAAUGUAUGUGCUUUACAUAUUUACAGUUACUCAACUGUGCAGAUACUAGCAAUAUACAUGCAUAUGGUCUACAGUAAAUGUCCAUAAAUACUGUAUAUACGUAGCUAAAUUGAAUCGAAUGGAUGGUGGCCAUUGUCAUAGAGUACGGUACAGCAACAUCAACUCACAGGAAGUCUCCCUCUCUGUCUCUCUGUCUAACAAACCAUGAGAGAGCCAGUGUUUGACUACACUAUGUGCCAGUAGCAUUCAUUUAUGUGAUUAAUGUAGCUAAUAUAGCUCAUUUAAAGUGUUUCUUGCAAAGCACCUUGAAAUGCUUACAUGUGAAAAGCACUGCAUAAGUAAAUGGAAUAGAACUCACUAUAAAUAUAAUAUAAGAGAGACAUAUAAGAUACAGUAAUAUAGGCUUACUGUAUGUGAACUAUACUGUACGCAUUGUAUGUACAUACAGUUUGUAACUGUAAUCAAUGGUAACUGUAACCAGUCUCUCUUUCAUAUCCAUAACAUGAAAAAAAAAAUUAUUACAUUUCACAUAAGGGUAAACAAGUAGGAGCUAAUUUAGCUCCAGCUGACCUGUGCUCCAGGUCUUCAGGUAGGACACUAUUACAUUUAGAGAGGGAAAUCACACCUGUCACCAGAGUUGCACCCACUCACCGAAAUUCAGGUGUAGGGUAUCAUGGUGAUUUCUCUCUUUCUGUCUGUCUCUCUCUCUUUCUCUCUCACUCUCUCUAUCUAUCUAUCUAUCUCUCUUUCGCUCUCUCACUCACCCUCCUGUUUUCCUAUUGGCCAGCUCUCAUCCACCUGUAGUGGGGCACCAUUUACAGAUUCUCAGACCCUUAGCUCAUAUGAGAACAGAUGUCCUCAAACGUGACAACAGGGGCAUCAGAGGGCCUUCCUGCACUAUUCAACCAGUGAUUUCAGCACAGAGAAGUCACAAACAUCUGUGCAGAUUUGUCCGAAAAAAGAGAGAGAAGGUGAAAAAUGCAAAAUAUAUGAGAGAGCUUAGAUAAGAAGUCAAUAAAUAAACCCUGAGGUCCCUGAUGUGCAGUGGAGCAUUAUCUAUUGCAUA